AUGGACAACAAUCUGGAACGGUCGGAUACAUCAGAAAUCGAUGACAUUAUCGAAAUCCCCGAGGACAGCAAUGGAUUUGAACGGUUAAAAAAUUGUCAACCGCCUAUAAUCAGUCCAGAAGAACUAAUACAAUGUAAACCCCAAAAGCACAGAAGAUAUUCCACUUGGAUGUGGAAACGUGAUACAGCUUUUACGAAAGAACGUAUUAGACGCCAGUUGAAUCGUAGCAAGACCACAGUUGAAGAGCACGUUUGUUACCCAUGGUUACGACGUUUAUUCUUUCACCUAUCAAAUUAUUUCCCAAACUUGCAUACAACUCGAUCAUCACGAAGAUACCAACCACACCCACCAACAACAGCAACAGUUGGCACUACAUCAGCGUCAUCAUCUCUAGCUCAUCGACAGAGUAAUUUGAGCACUAAGAGGAAACCAAAUGCUUAUAUCUACAAAUCACAGACUACAGCAUAUGCAGAAAGUGAAAGUCAAAAGACUAAUAGAACAGGUUCAGUUAGGCAUAGUAACCCAGUUGGAACACAGUUAUGUAGAAACAACAUGAAUUCCCCAGUAAUAUCUUAUGCACCAGAUGACAGCAGUAAUGGAAAUAGUAAUAUGAAUACCAGAUCAAAACGUAGACCAUUACAAAGGCAAAAAUCGAAAGGAUUCACUGAGCUUGACCUGGAACCAGAAAUAAGUAUUAGAGGAAGACUAACCUCCAGUUCUUCAUCUGAAAACAACCAAAAGAAUAAAAAUAAUGCUACCAAUUCAUGUGUACGACAGACCAGACAUGUAAAUUCCCCAAUAGAAUCAACUGUAUUAACAGGUAGAUACCAUCAAAUAAGACAGGAUUCAAUGUAUCAGCAUCAUUCAACGAAAGCAAAUGAUGAUAGUCCAUAUCGUAAUAAAUUUUUAGAAACACAUGAUUUCCCACCAUCACCAACAUUCGGUAGUAGUACAAAUUCACAGAUGAUCACUCCAGUCAUAUACAACUCAUCAGCAUCAUCGUCGGCAGCAGAUGAACAGUUUGUGUUCAGAUCAUCGGGUAUUAAACUAUCCGAUAAUUUAAUCCGACCAAGAAAUCGACGAGCGUAUAUGACACGUUCAGCAAAUUUAGUUUAUGAUACACUGGACGACUUCUCGGAUAACUAUCCAUUGAAUGAUAGGUAUAACACCAUUGCACCUGUUUCGUCACGAAUUCACAGUGAUAAUAACACUAACAAUAAUAAUAACAUUAAUACGACAAGUAAGCCUGUCAACCAUCGCGAUAUAUCGGAAAAUCAGUACUGUAUUCAAUUUAAACGAGUCAAAGCACGCAGAACAAGUUCAAGUUCGCAAGCUGAAUGUAGUAAAACAGCAAAAAGUAAAGCAUACACUAAAGAUCGUCCAAAUCAGGAUUACCUCCAGUCAAAAGUCCACUCUCCAAAUCGAAUAAAUGAAGAUUAUCCUGAUAGUGUAGCAAUACACUCAGGUAUAUGUCCGAUAAAUGAUCUACCACAAGAUCAAGAACCUAUGAAAAAACAUGUAGAAACAUGGUUAAAAGAAGCUGUAACAAGAACAAUACAAGGAAAAGCCCAACUACGACGAAGUCAUAUGUCCCAUGUAAGCAGUGGUGAAGCUCAAAGGGAACCGCCAGAAACUGUCACACCCCAACCACAUAGCUUUGAUGGACCCGUUUCAAGAUAUCAUCAUGACGAUUGCUUAUUCACUACAGGAUACAGUCAAAAUAAACCAAUUAGUAUAAGCUUAAACACAUCAACAGACAGUCCACAUAUUAAACCUCCAUCAAUAACUCGAGAUGGCAUAGAUGGAUAUGUUCCAUAUUACUAUGAAUCUGUAUUUGACAAAUAUGCCGAUUUAAACAAUAAUGGAGACGAAAUUUAA